AAAAUAUGCCAAUAAGCGAUAAAAACUGGCUAAUUUCCGGUUUAACGGUUUUUCGCUUUCACCAUGUGAACCUACGUUGCCUCGGGCUGGUACCACCAGCAAACCGUCGUUACAGAUACUUAUAUUAUAUAUACUCCUUGCUGCUCAACUCGCUCGUAACCAUCUGCUAUCCCGCACAUCUGAUGAUUGGACUCUUCCAGAUGGAACAGAAAUCGGAUAUUUUCAAAAAUAUUUGCGUUAAUUUCACUGUUUUGGCGUGCAGCAUCAAGACAGCAGCCUUGUGGUGGCGCCUGACAGACAUUGAGCAGAUUUAUGCCCUCAUUGCGAAGCUUGAUGAGCGCAUUACGCAACCGGAAGACAUGCAGUUUUACGCGUCCGACACACUGCGUCGCGCUAAACGCGUGCUGAAUUUUUUAAUACUCGUGGGCGUUUGCGCGUUCGUCGCAUCCGAGGCCGCCACUAUUUUUGCCGGCAUCAUAGGUGAAUGGCACUUAAUGUAUCCGGCAUAUUUUCCGUUCGACAUAGAAGGGCAUUACGUGGCGGCACAUCUCUAUCAGGCUACUGGCAUACUAUUGAUUUUUCAAAAUCUCACCAACGACUCAUUUCCGACUAUGGCACUAACCAUACUCGCCGGCCAUACACGCCUGCUGGGCAAACGCAUUGCGCGUAUUGGCAAUACGGAGGGUGUUGAACAGCUGCAGCGUUGCAUUGAGGACUACAAGGAUUUGCUUGACUUUCGCAUUGCAAUACAAUCGUUUAUUUCCGUUACUGCUUUCGUGCAGCUGCUCGCCACCGGCAUCAACAUGUGCGUCGUGAUAUUUUACGUGAUCUUCUAUGUGAAUGAAGUUUUAUGGUUCGUCUAUUAUAUGGUUUAUUUGGUGGCAAUGCCAUUAGAAAUAUUCCCGUUAUGCUAUUAUGGCACUUGCAUGCAGUUGGAAUUCGAACAGCUGACUUACGCCAUAUUUUCCUGCAAUUGGAUGGACCAGUCUGCCGUCUUUAAGCAAAAUCUACGCAUUUUCAUCGAGCAAACGUUGCGUAAGCAAAUUGUUGUUACAGGCGGCAUGUUUCCCGUUAAUUUGGACACAUUUUUCGCCACGCUGAAGGGCGCCUAUUCCCUUUUUGCUGUGGUGAAGCAAAUGAAGUGAACAUUAAAAGUUACUUAUCUUCAAAGAAAUUUUGUAACAAUUCUACUACUUAUAAUAAAAACAAUUUAAAUUUCAUAUAUGUACAUACAUUGCAUAUAAUUAGUCAAAAUAAGAUUAUUAUAAAGCUCUCCGCGUAAUUUACGGCCGAUGUCUAAUUCAACACCAUAUUGUGCGUGUUUAGUCUGUGCCGUUAUCUUACGUUGGAAAGUCCCUAAACGACUUUAUCUAAACAUUAAGCUCUACACUAUUUGCACACAAGUGUACGUAUUUAUUUAAUUGUGUAAAUCAAGUGCGCUCACAUUAACCACACGAAAAUUUAAUUUCUCCAGCGUUUUUCAAAAACGCCAAUCUAAAACGUUUGGUGAAAAAACAACGCUGCAAUUUGCUGAAUUUAAGAAAAGUGAAUAAAUAGCAUCGCAUGUGUCAUCACAGAAGUGUGCAGCGCAAAUGAUUGGUUUUGGCACGCAAUUCUUAGUCACACAACGCCUCUAAGCGAUCGCCCAUUUGACUUUUAUUUGAGUGCAUCGUAAUAAAACCAAUUAGAGAAAAGUCAUGUAUUUAUUGUGGAAUAAGGUUUUCAUAUGCAUGCCUAUCUGCAUUCUUACGUAUGUAUGUACUGUAGUUUUCAAAAUUAUGACCGAGAACUCUGUGCAAAAUCACAGAAAAUCACGAAGUCGCUGAAAUUGCGAUUAAAAUGAUUGUUUCUGGAAUAAUUGCACCACAUUAUGCGCACUUGCAAGAUUCUUCUAUACUGGGGACGGAGCUGUUCUUUCACUCUCAGUCAGAACCUUACCAGUUUUAAGGUUAAACAACUGGUCCACUUAAGCUUUUCGGCGGAACUAUUUUUGAAUAGUAUCAUACCAAGCAGGUCUUGCCAUAAUAGAGAAAAACAGCCAUAGCUCGACGUACUAUACAUAUUUUUCCGGAUAAAUAAGACAAACUGCAAAAAUGUGGUCUGGAAAAAAAAUUUGUAAAUAAGAAAAUUAUUUAAAGAAAUCUAGCGAAUGUAUGCGAUAAUACACACUUUUUUGGCCGAAUUCCAGUUUAAUAUUCAAUGCCGUGUUCAAAAAGUAAGAUUAGGUUAAGUGAGGUUUGAUGGCUGAACCAGUGACUACUACAUGCAGUCUUUUGUAAGGCCAUGAUAAUAUAACUCCUGUAAUUAGAACCUGUGGAUUAGCGAAAACCCCUUGUUGCCGAUAAAAAUUUGCUCAGGAUUUUAAAUUCUAUUCCCACCAGUUCGCUGAAUUUGUUUAUGAAAUGUAACUUCACUGAUUCUUCCUAAAAAAUUUCACCUCCUUCAAAGUAAUCCCCGUCCGACAAAACAUACUUUUGCCAACGCUUUUACCAGUCCCCAAAAACAGAAUUGUCUUUUUUAUUUAAUACCUUCUAUUAGGUUUUUGUCUCCUCAAUCGUGGCAAACCGAGUCCCUUAUGAGUUUGUUGAAUAACCAGAAUUCGCAUUGAGCUACAUCAGUGUUGGUUGCGGACCGAGUCAUGAAGAUCCAACACAGUAUGUCAUGGUGCAUUUUCGUGAUGAAGAAACUCAGAGUCGGUCGCCAAAAAUUCCAACCGUUUCAGACGAAUAGCUUAACGCAAACCCUCGCUCAAUAAUAUUUCUGUUGACAGUUUGUCUCAGCGGAAGGUAUUUAUAGAACACUAACAAACUUCCAAUACUAUUUUUGAAGUAUGAUUUCUCAUUUGCUUCAAAAUGAAACUAAAUCUGGCCAAUUAAACGCAAGAUUUACUUCUAGCGAACGUUCUCUUGAGUUGUAAGAAUAAGAAAAGAUAUCUGGAGAUCAGUUCUGGUGAAUGUGGAAACAAGUCAGAGUUUACUUAAUGCAAUUCUCAUCUUUUUUAUGGAUUUCUCAUACGGUACAUUAUCUUGAUGAGACAGCACUUUCUUGUUCUUCAAAUGAGGACCUUUGGCCUUUUUUCUACGGUUGCGUCCUUCGAACAUUAUAACAGUUUUGCUUUUCAUACUAUAAACAUGAUUUUGGACUAUUUCCACCCUGUGGAUUCAGAUCAUCGUAUGUACUGGAAAGACUGUCGGUUGAAAUAUUAGAGUUUUAGCAUGAGAAGUUCGGAUUUACAACUGGUAGCACCAUUAGUAGCAUUCGAGAUAUUCUUGAUUUCUUUUUUCCUAAACUUAACCCGCCAAAGAUGUUCGAAAUGUUCAGAGUUGUAUUCGGAGAUGUAGUGGGUGUAAUGAAUAUAAUAUACACAAUUUCCAACAAUAAACAACAACAACAAAUUUGAUCAUGCAGGGGCCAACUGCGUUGUAAAAUACUUAUCAGGGCUUACUAAAAUUUGACCGUGUUUUCUCCUUCGCAUGAUUAAUGUGAAAUUUACGUUUACGGCUACAAAAUUCUUGAAAGUAUUUAUUCGCAUGUGCCUCUAUGCAUUUCGCUAGAAUUAUAUGCAGCACCUAGCGUCUGGAAAUAAAUAUGUAUUUGUUCAGUGUUUAUUCGUGUUUCAUUACUGUGUCGUCUAGUGUAAAAUCAACAAGCUUUACUCACGGCUAACAAAAUGACUUGCAAUCCCCACACACUAAUGGCAAAAAAAUAAAUAAAAAGAAAACAAUUCUAAAAUGUUUAUAUUAGCGAUCGAAUUGCAUUAUUGAUUGUUUUUCUUUUUGCGAUUUUAAUUUGUAAAACUUCGAAUAUUCGCCAUUUGCGUUUAGCUUGCAUUAUGGCGAAUAAAUAUUUGCAAUCGAUUCCAUUUAUAUUUCAAUAUUAUUUUUCCGAUCUGCUUAUUCAUGUGUUUAUGCACUUAUCCUAUUUACGAGUACAUAUGUACAUACGACUAUACGUUACGUACAUAUGUAUGGUAUAAAUUUAUGUGCGUUAAUUAGUUAUUCCCGAUUGCCAGUCUUUAUUGCAAGAGAAGAGGCUUUCUUCUAGGAUUUUUACAAACUGAUCGCUUAAGAAUUAAAAAAUAUUUUUUUUAAGUUUCUACCACGGGAGUAUACUCCAAUGAUCUUAACAUUUCUAUUUCUAUCCGCCUACUAAAUUCAGCCAGUAUCUUCCAAGCGAAAGUACUAGUUUGGAGCAAGCCUGUGAAGUCCUAUUGAAUAACUACGGUGGGGCAGAGAGCAACCAUAUACCGGGACAACCAGGCGGCAUUGUUUGGCUUAUCGACGCUACACAUCCAUAAUUUUGGUUCCCUUUCAAAGGAAAAUGUUGCCAAAAUUGGCAGACCAGUUGGCAAAUCUAAGAGCCUCUUUAGACAAAUCCGAGACCAAGUCAACUGGCAAAGAUCAAAAGAGAGUUUUAUAUAUACUUUGUGCAAAUAGCUCAGAUCAGAUGGAACUCAAUACAAGCCGCAGAUAACAAAAUAUACAUACAUAUGUGGUCCAAAUAUGCCAGACACCAAAUUUUCGACUUCUGAGUAGGAAUCGAAGUGCUGCUCAGCCUAUGGAUGAAAACAAAUGGUAGCAGCUGCCAGCCAAGUACUUUGAUUGCAACCUGAACAAAAUUACGUUGGUCCAAAUUGAUCAUUUGUUGCCUGUAUUGCUUACAAUUAACAGCUUCACCAAGUUUUGGAAGCUCAAGACCACAUCCUUCUGAUGCAACUGAGCACAGAGCAUGGACUUCUUACCGAAUCGAUCGGUCCUUAUCCGUCUUUUCCGUCUGAAUCAACUUUGAAAUAUCUACAACCUCAAAAGAUUUUCCCUGAUACAUACGAGUUUAUUUGAGGUUUUAUUAUGGUUAAGCUAAGACUAUCCGUUUCUGAGAUUUAACGAUAAAAAACAGUUGUCACAAACGCGCUAAGUACACUACCUCAUAGAUGGCGUGGAAAGUGUUUAGGAGCAAAUUGUGUAUGGGAAGAAUUCCGAUCGUAAAUACUUUUCCACAUAAAAACACAGAGAGACUCUCGAGUAGUAUUACAUAGCAAUAAAACACGCUCUAUAAGCCACUUUACUAAACAAAUAUUAACAAUUGUUUACGCACCUAUUCGAACUAGUAUUUGUAUAAACUUUGUUCCUAUUUGUUUGGCAAACUGACGGCGAUUCUUAAAGAUGCAUGUAAAUGCUAAUUGUUAAUAUUUAAUAUUUGUCCUUGUAUGCAUUGUCGUUCCUUUCCGGUUGGGUGCGACGCUGCACUUGUCAAUAGAAUUUACAGGAAAUACGUCAGUUAUUUCAGCCACGUAAUAUUGAAAGCUCUCAAAAACGUUUAUUCAGAAAGUAAAUGACAAAAUAAAUGUUGUCAUUGAGGGCAAGCGGAUUUGUGACCUAUACAACUCAUGGUAAAAGGCUUUCUACAAGAAAUCGCUAAUAUGAAUAUAAAUUGUCGAAUUUAUCACCCUGUCAGAAGUUUGUGAGUUUAUUUAUAAUAAAGACACUUUUUUGCGAAAGCUUAAUGAAAAAACUGAUUUACAACAUCCUGUACUAGUUAAAGGGUUGUAGUUAUAUUUAAACCCCGUAAUUGUAUUCAGUUUUUUAAGAGUUUUACAAUAAAUUAUUUAUGUAAAUUUCCUUCUGAUGUCGAGAAACUGUCUAUAAAUUUUACUAAAUUAACCAAAACACUGCUCAACUCAUUAAGUCAGCCGUUUUCACCGAGUUCACAUUGGUGUCAUAGUACAAUUUUUUUACUUUUUCUAAAAAACCUUGUAUAAAAUAGUCAUAUUUUCCAUAGCAGGAGGUGAAGAGCAUGUUAUUGUUAUUACAGCGUCUAAAAAAAAUCCGUUUAGUGGUAAAAAGUUUAGUUAGCGGUUCAGAAAACGCGCCGAUUGAACGUGGUCGGAUUAUAACAAGAAAGAUUUUAUAUUUAUAGGUUUCAGUGGGUAUGUACUUUGAAGGGAUUAUUGUUUUGGUAGGCGUUUUAUGAACGAAGUAUCUUUAAUAUGUUGAGGUCAAAAUUAAUUCAAUAGAGUUUAAUCUACUGCAGUAUCUAGAUCGUAAUUGUCUAGACUUCCAGAUCGUCAUUCACAACAAAAGAGUUCGUGAAGGUGUUGACUGCUAUUCAAUAAAUGCAGUUGGUCAAUAUUUGUGGGUGUAUACUCUGCAUAUGCUGUGUAAGAUGUUGGACCUUGUCAAUGAAAUUUAGAGAAAUCGUCUUAUUACUGAUGUUGAGUAAUCAGGGAACCAUGGAAAAAAGUUCAGGGAGCAUGCAAUCGCCUAAGUCUCUUAUUGAUGUGUUUUUGCCUGUUGGCAUUACAACAACUACUCAGCUGAGAGCACUUACCGCCAUUUAGUACUUCCACCAGAAUUUAUAGUUGGACAUAACACAGAGGUCUUACCUACAAAUAUAAUUUACCUGUUUACCAAAUUAGCGUGUCCAAAAAGAAAUUAAACUGCACAUCGUCAGUUCUCUUGUUGAACUACGUACAUACACACUUCGAUAUAUGUACAUAGAUAUUUUUACCACGUUACGCCACUUAUUCAUGUUUCCUUUGUACAUCUGUGUUUGUAUGUACAUAUAUGUAUGUAUGUUCCAACGCUUAAUCAUUCGCCCUAAAAAGAAAGAAAGAACUGUUGCAUGCAUUAUGUAGUCGCUACUUUUUUCUCGUGCUAUUUCUAUUUGCUGUAAGUGGUGAAUUAGCGUAAACUUUACGUGCCACCUCGUAAUUAUCCGCAUUGAAUUUACAGGUAUAUGCUAAGUUUUCCUGGUUGCACGAGUCAUUGACACCGCCCCAACUUUUCAAAAGGUGUGGGUGUGCGUAGGUAAGCCACCGGUUAACCAGCUUUUAUACUCCUGCAACACGUUGCUACAGAGUAUAAUAGCUUUUCAUAUAAGAACUCGUACCUAAAGUACGAAAAUGGACUAAAUCGGCUGAUAACCACGCUCACUCCCCAUAUAACGGUACUGUUAAAAAAUAUGUCAGACAGGUUAAAUCUUACAUCUGAGAUAGUAUGAGAGGGCUUUAAAGAAGUCGAGGUGAAAUUAAGACAUUGGGUGUGGGACCGCCCACUUUCAGGUGAACCCAAUAUCUCGGGACCGGCUCGACCAAUUUCUACCAAAUUUGGUACGUGAUAUACCCCUAACAUUUUUAUGUUACGGUAUGCAAAUGGGCGAAAUCAGACUGCAGCUACGCCUACUUCCCAUGUAAGGCAAUUUUAAAUUCCAUUUGAAACUUUCACUUUACAAUAUACAAGUCUAUUAAUAUAUCAAGAUAAAACUUUGCAUGAAGAGAGCAAAGGUGUGCCAUCUUAUGAUUAAAAUUUUUCCAAAUGGAAUGAAUUGAGUCAAUAUUUUCUUAGCUCCCACCGCAUAUAACGUCCAAUAUAUUGCUUUAAUAAAAUUAAAAAACGUGUUUUCUCAUAACGCUGCAUAUUUGUGCUUAGAAUGAGUAAAAUCGGAUGAAAACUCGCCCUAAAUCCCCUCUAACAUCAACCCUUAUGUACUUGCAGGUACUUUCCUGGCUUUAACCCUUGCAAGUUGCAAGAGUAUAAAAUGCUCGGUCAUACCCGAACUUAGCCCUUCUAAACUUGUUGCUUUUGUUGUUAACAUUUUUAGUCCCACCUGUUAUCGAUUUGCCUCGGCUAGCCAGCAGCAGAACAUUUGUUGAAUUGUCAAUUUCGAAAUGGAUUCACACAUAGCAUGUCUGUUUAUAUAAAUAAGUACAUAUUUACAGUUAAAUAUAUGUAUGUAUAUACUUAAAUAUUAAUGUGCCACAAAUAAAUUCAAUUUAUUAGUAAAAAUUUUGAAUGUAUGUACUUAAUGCUUUAUAUCCACAAUGAAAGAAUAUGUAGUCAUCAACGUUUUAAAGUUGCCACCCAAUUGCAUGCACUCGCUUUGGCGUCAGUCGCGCCUUUAUUUACACAUAUUUCUGUGGGUGGCAGCAAAAGCAAUAAUAAUUUUGUAAAACCAACAUUUACAGUAACGGAUUUAAUGUGGUAAAUUGUGCUUAAAAAUCUUCGGUAAAUAAAUGUUCGCUGAAAGUAUCAUCGAGUAAAUGGAAUAAUUGAUUUGCAAAUGUUUACUACAGUGUUUAUAACGAAUAUACAUCUGCAUAUGUACAUAUGUAUGCACGUUUAAUGUGAAUUACCGAAAUUUGCAUUUAAUUGCGUCUAAUGGCAUUUUAAGUUAAAAUAAACAGUACUUACUUUUUUUUACAUUGUAUGGCAACCACUUAAAGUAAACUUCAAACCUAAAAUUUACGAAAAUUUAUUGCUAUCACUUAAUUUUUAUUAAUCAUAAUAAGUGCACUUAUUGAACCACUAAAACUAGUAAUUCAAAAAUUUUCCUCUUAAUCUUUAUACAAAUUACUCGGAAUUUGCUUCUUCAAAUUGAAAAAUUAAUUUCAUAAAUAAAUAAUAAAUAAAGCGAAUUAAUUUUGGCCAAAAAUUAUUAUUUAACUUAAAAUAAGCAUCAAUUAUUUUUUUACAUUGUAUGGCAACCACUUAAAGCAAACCUCAAGUCCGAUUAUAUAAUGAAACAAAAUUUAUUUCAAAUUGGUUUUUAUCAUUUAAUUAACGGCUUCGCCAAAUGUCUACAAGUGCACUUUUUGAACGACUAUAGCUACCGUAUAUUAUAUGUAUGUAUAUAUUUAGAAGGUGAUAACAAAUAAGUAAAAUUAUUUAAUAUUUGCAUUUGCUUUUUUGGUGGCAAAUUGUGUUCUAUUGUAGUAAUUAUAUUAACAAUGACUCAAAUGUAAAAAAUAACCGGAAACGCAUUAUUUAACCCUGCUGUUAGGUUAAAAAAACUUACGAAUCUUAGGUUAGAGGACCAUUUGGUCCUUACUGCAGUUUUUAUACAAAAUAACAAUUUAAUCUUAGUCUUUAUAUUUAGUUUGGUUCAGUACUUGCUAAAUAUUAUUAUUUUAUUAUUUACUCAACUCUGGUAAAAUAAAAACUAGGCGAGGGGUUCCCCCGUUUUGCAUGUUACAAAGAAAAAAAAAUUGGACCAAAUGGUCCUUAACCUAACAGCAGGGUUAAAGGAACUGUGUUUUUACAUUAGACAAAUAUAAAUAUACUAUAUAUACUAUAUAAAUAUACAAUAUAUACUAUACUGGUUGCUUGGCCAGGUUCCACAUAUGAUUUUUUGAAUUUAGUGUUGUCGUAAUUGAUCCACUUUCCAUUACAAGUAAUAUCUGAUUAAAAAAAGGUCUUUUUUAACAUUUACUCGUAAAGUUUGGCAAUUUUGUUCGAACCUUUUUGUUGUUUACAGUCUCGCAUCUCGACCAAUGAUAACUAGCAUGAUUCCAUUAUUGCAUGAACAUCUGCAUUGCGAUUGGUCAAGAGAAAAACACAAUAGCGGUACUUCGAAACACAUCUAUGACAUCAUAACAGGCGAUCAUUCGUAGAGUUACAAGAGACGACUGUGUGGGUGUUUCAUGAUGAGCCGAAUCCAAUAAAAGUUGUUCGCGCACGAAGCUCUUCCAAGCGAAUGGUUCCCUUUUUUUUGGAAAAAGUAGACAUGUGGAAAUUAUACCACUAUAACAACGCAGAACAGUAAAUUCUGACUGUGAUACAACCAUUUCGCCAAAUUUACCGUUUGUGAGGUGUAUCUCAAGUAAUAAUGAAACCAACCGCCGAAGACGGAUCACUUUUCACCACGAAAAUUCUAGCUCUCUCUCACAUCGACUGAAACAGCUGAUUUUUUGAGCACUCAAAACAUCGAUUUGAUGAGUCAUAUACCGUAGAGUCCUUACUUGGCAAGGAAUGUCUUCUUUUUCAUACCGUGCUAAAGAUAUGAACUAAGAGGUCAACUUUUUCAACACCUGAAGAGGCGGCCUGUUUUUUAAAUACCUCAGUCAGACGGACAAAAGUGUUUCGAUCAUUGGUUCAAACCCAUGCAAAAUUUUAUAGAUUUUAAUGAAGAAUAUUUUGAAAAACAACGGAGCGAUUUUCGAUGAUUAAAAUUUGUUUUUGUUCCCGAAUCCCGAAACAUAAAAGGCAACAUACGUAUAUAU